UCUCGCGAUCAAGGCCGUUUGUUGUCACGCUUUGUGCACUUGACAGAACCUCGCAAGUUGACGACGAACUGUCCAAUACAUCUACAGUACUUGCUCACAAACCAAACCAAACUUCGACAAACAUUCAAAGCUUAGCCUAGCAAGGCAAACAGUAAGUCAAGCACUAUUACCAGCAUCAAAAAUCUCACCAACAACCAUCAACCAUAUCAUCUAUCAAAAACUAAAUCAAGAAGCCAGUCAAAAUGGUCGCCAUCCCAUCCUUCCGCAAAUCCAACCUCCUCAACCUCCUAUUCCGCACCGCCCAGCUCAUAAUCGGAUUGACGAUAAUCGGCCUCUACGGCGUCGACCUGAACCGCGCCCACAGAGAAGAUAAGUACACUGACGGAAAAUGGGUCUUCGCCGUUGUGGUUGGUACUCUGGCGGCAGUCACGGCAAUCACUUAUGGUGUUGUCGGCGCGUUUAUCGAGUAUCGUAAAGUCGCGAUGUGCUUUGCAUGGGAUUUUGUCGUGAUGAUUCUCUUUGCUGCAUUGUCGGGCAUUUUUGGGAGUAUGUUCAUGCAUGAAAAGACCGAAAUGGAGUGGGGCAUUCAUCGGAUGAAAGUUGCUGUUGGAUUUGAUCUUGCUGGGUUGGUGUUGUUCUUUGUUACGGGUGGUCUGGGGUUGUGGUGGACUUUGGCUGAAAGACGGGGUGCCGGACGGGUUAGUCCUCGAGGCAAGGCUUGAAGUGGCCGAUCUCUACAUCGAGACGAAGCAUGAAGCGGCGACGAUGUCCUAAGGGGCUCCGAUCCGGAAAAGGUGAUUAGUUGAGCUGACGUUGAGGAGUGAUACAGCGUGGUCGGGGAGGAUAUUUGCUGGCGUAACGAACGUAGUGCUUUGAUGUGCAGAACCUCACGCACG